UUUGUUGGAUCAUGCAAGAUUGGGGACACUGGUUGACCGAGCCUGAUUCUCAAGCCUUCGCGCAGGAAUAGUACCGGCCUUCUAUUACUUGUUUUAAUAAUUAAAAGUUUAACUAUCAAAUAAAUAUAGCAAAAAUGAAUAUAAUAAUUGAUACAAGAGGUCAAGCAGACCUUCUCACAAAAACGAAACUUGUAGAAAGUGAUGAUGAUUGCGACCUAGACGAUAUUGGAAUCGAUCCAAUGAAGAUUAAAAUGCCUCGAAAGAAAUCAAUGAAGAAUACUGGAAAAUUAUCAGCGAAGGACUUUGACCUGGAGGAAUUUGAAAUAGACAUGGGCUGGAGUAAUAAAAGAAGAAAGAAGCCUCAAAAGGCAACCAGUGUUGCAGAAAUAAUAAAAGAGGUCACUCCCCUUGAUAAAAUUCUCCAGAAAUCAGUAAUCACAGUAGGUUUUGAAAAGCUUAAAACUCUACCUGGAUACGACCUUAGCGAAAAGAAGUUAAAACAGCAAAGAAAAUGGGAUCGCGAGAAGACUAAAGGAAAGAAAUGGUUCAAUUUACCUGCCACCGAAAUAACGGAGGAAGUCAAACGUGAUCUAGAAGUCAUCCAAAUGAGAUCAGCGUUGGAUCCAAAGCAUUUUUAUAAGAGGAACGAUAUGCAAGGGCUUCCUAAGUAUUUUCAUAUCGGAAAGGUUAUGGAUUCUCCCCUGGAAUAUUACAAUGGUCGCCUUACGAAUAAGGAACGCAAACGCACGAUUGUGGAUGAGCUUAUGGCAGAUGCGGAAUUCGCCAAGUAUAAUAAACGUAAAUACAAAGAAAUCAUUGAGGAGAAAAGCAAACUUCACUACAAGGCGCACAGACAUGCGAGAAGACUGAAAGGAAAGAAGAACUAGAUUUAGCUAAUGGUGACGUAUUUAAAAUUAAUUAUGUUAUUUAAGUUGAAUUUUAGACAUGAAAAAAAACAACGAUUUAACUGUUAUUCAUUAUAUUAUUUAGGGUAAAAAAUACAAAAAAUAAUCAUCUCCUGAAAUGUAUAGAUAGUUUAAUGCAAUUUAGUUGUUAUUUAAAGGUUAAAGUCCUCCUGUGACUUCAAUAGAUGCUCCAUUAACAUAGGAACUCCUUUCCGAAGCCAAAAAUGCUAUAACUUCCGCCACUUCCUCUGGUUUCCCCAUUCUUUUUAAUGGAAUCAUUCCGAUAAACAUUUCUUUUACUUUGUCUGGAACACACGCAAUCAUGGGGGUUUCUAUAGUGGCAGGCAGUACUGCAUUUACGCGAAUUCCGAACCUAAAAACAUUUAUUUAUCUUACUGCAUCUUAUGGUAGGAUGGGGUUUAAUGUGCAAAAUAUGUGCAAGAAAUUAUAAAACUGUACAUUUGUAAGAUUGAACCAUUCAUGUUUGUUACCUCUUUUAAUGCCUUUUUUAUAGCAAAUUUCAUUAAGGUUGGACAUUUAGUUAAUUAUCAGAAAUUAUAUACCUAUGUAUGCUCAUUCGUUAAGUGUAUACAAUUUUAGGAAAGCUUCAAUUUUGUUUGAAAAAGUGUUGAAAGUUUCAGAAAAACACCUUACGUAAUUUGUGGAUGACCUCUGAGAAGAUGACUAGGAAAUUUUCAAACAAAAUUUCGUGAAAAAAGAGACACGCAGAAAUGUUAAUUUAAUUUGAAAAAUAAUUCUUACUUUCCAAACUCCAUAGCAGCGGUUCUCGUAAGCGCUACCACUCCAGCUUUCGAGGCAGAGUAAUUACACUGGCCAAUAUUUCCUAUUUUGCCUAUUAUCGAUGAUAAGUUAAUUAUGGAACCACCUUCCGACACACCAGCUUCGAUCAUUGCAUUCGCUGCGGUUCGCACGGUGCAGAAAGUGCCUUUUAAAUUUACUUUCAAGACUUCGUCAAAGUCUUCUUCGCUAAUCUUCAAGAGAAAAUUGUCUCUAGUGAUUCCAGCUGAAUUGACUAUGAUAGUUGGGGGUUUUGAAAAGUGCUGUUGGCAUUUUUUGAAGGUACUUUCUACGUUUCCUAGCUCACUGACGUCGAGCUCUAAAGCCAGAUGUCCUGAACCUGGGAAUGAUUUAUUUAAAUGAUUAAAAAUACAUCACGCUCUACGACAGGAAAUAGUUUCAUAUGUUCGAGAAAUGGAUUCCUAGUUUGAGAUAUAUUUGGCUAGUAUCAAAAGUGCCAUUACUUUAAAAUCCUAGAGAACUUAUUUUUUAAGGUGUUCUUCCUUAUCAGGUUCUGCUUCCCUUGUUC